GGCGGAGCCCGAGCGCUGCGUUGCUGCCGGGGCAAGAUGGCUCGGGACGGCGCCGCAGCCCGGGAGCCGCGCCGACGCGGAGCGCGCGGCGCGAAGGCCCAGCGCCAGGAGCAGGAGGCGGAUUCUGACUUUGAAGAUGAGAAACCUGCCAAGAAGCGCCCGCCGGCCAGGGUCUCCCCAGGAAAGAGGAAGAGGGGCCGCAGUAACCCGGGGGGCCCAGCAGACGGCCCCACACAGAAGAAAGUGGCCCAGAGGACUGGAAAGCCCGCCAGGUCCCAGGUGGCUGGGAAGGACGCCCUCAGCGCGGGGAAGGGUCGCAGGGCAUCCCCUGGACCCCGCCAGAAGGCCCAGCGCCCCAGGAGCGAGACGCCACCCGCGGACACAGGCAGUCUGGAAGGAGAGGAUGAGGACGAGAGUGAGGAUGACUGGGAGGAGGUAGAAGAUUCUGACUUUGAAGAUGAGAAACCUGCCAAGAAGCGCCCGCCGGCCAGGGUCUCCCCAGGAAAGAGGAAGAGGGGCCGCAGUGACCCAGGGGGCCCAGCAGACAGCCCCACACAGAAGAAAGUGGCCCAGAGGACUGGAAAGCCCGCCAGGUCCCAGGUGGUAGGGGAGGACGCCCUCAGCGCGGGGAAGGGUCGCAGGGCGUCCCCCAGGCCCCACCAGAAGGCCCAGCACCCCAAGAGCGAGACGCCGCCCGCGGACAUGGACAGCCUGGAAGGAGAAGACGAGGACGAGGAUGAGAGCGAAGAUGACUGGGAAGAGGUGGAAGAACUGGGUGAGGCGGGUCCCGACCCCACCGGAGAGAGCGCGGCCUUCUCCAGCCCUGUGAAGCCAGUGGAGAUCGAGAUCGAGACGCCGGAGCAGGCAAAGAAAAGAGAGAGGAGUGAAAAGUUGAAGACGGAGUUUGAGACCUACGUCCGGAGGAUGAUGAAGCGUUUCAACAAAGAAGUGCACGAGAACACACACAAGGUCCACCUCCUGUGCCUGCUGGCCCGCGGCCUUCAGCGCAACCACAUCUGCUGCCAGCCCGACCUGCUGGCCAUCGGCCUGUCCAUCGUGCCGGCUAACUUCACCAAAGUGCCUCCCCAGGACGUGGACAUCCGCUACCUGUCCAACCUGGUGAAAUGGUUCAUCGGCACCUUCACCGUGAACGCUGAGCUCUCCACCGACGACCACCAUGACCUGCAGACCACCCUGGAGAGGAGAUUCGCCAUUUACGCCGCCCGCGACGAGGAGGAGUUGGUCUACAUCUUCCUGCUGAUCCUCCGGGCCCUGCAGCUCCUCAGCCGCCUGGUCCUGUCCCUGCAGCCCAUCCCGCUCAAGGUCACGGCCGCCAAGGGAAAGAAGCCGCCCCAGAAGGAACCCGCAGACAGUGCCCGGGGCUCCUCCGCAGCCCCCAGCCCCGUGGCCGGACACCAGCUCAAACCGAAGGCGGCCGGACCAGGGGGCAGCAGCCGACCCCGUGCCAAAGGGAAGAGGAGCAAGACCUCCACAGCCGGCAGGAAACGGGGUGCCGCAGCCUCCAGCGGGGAAGACAACGAGGAGGAGGAGGACGGGGAGCAGGAAGGAGCCCCGAGAGCCCGUCGUGGCCGGGAGCGGCGGGCGGCCGCCAGAAGGUCCUACAAAGAGGAGAGCGGGAGCGAUGAGGCGGGCAGCGGCUCUGGCCCUGAGCUCUCCGGCGAGGACGCCUCGCCCAGCCGGCCCCAGAAGCGGAGGACCAAGGCAGGGUCCUCCAGCGACUCCUACAGCCCCCCUCGCAGAAGCCCCCCGCUGUCUCCGGGCCUGCCCACGGCUUCUGUGAGCAGUAAGAGAGGCAGGACCGCAUCCAAAGGGGCCCCAGGGCCCGGGGUGGACCAGUGGCUGGAGGUGUUCUGUGAGCGGGAGGAGAAGUGGCUGAGCGUGGACUGCGUCCUUGGCGUGGUGGCCGAGCCCCGGGCCUGCUACCAGCAUGCCACCAAGCCCCUGACCUACGUGGUGGGCAUCGACAGCGACGGCCGCGUCCGGGACAUCACCCAGAGGUAUGACCCCGUCUGGAUGACGGUGACCCGCAAGAGCCGAGUGGACGCCGAGUGGUGGGCAGAGACCUUGAGGCCACACCAGAGCCCCCUGUUGGAGAGAGAAAAGAAGGAGGACCUGGAGUUCCAGGCAAAGCACCUGGACCAGCCUCUGCCCACUGCCAUCGGCACCUACAAGAACCACCCCCUGUACGCCCUGAAGCGGCACCUGCUGAAGUACGAGGCCAUCUACCCCGAGACGGCCGCCAUCCUCGGCUACUGCCGCGGGGAAGCCGUGUACUCCAGGGACUGCGUGCACACGCUGCACUCCCGGGACACAUGGCUGAAGCAGGCGAGAGUGGUGCGUCUGGGAGAAGUGCCGUACAAGAUGGUCAAGGGCUACUCCAAUCGGGCCCGGAAAGCACGCCAGGCCGAGCCCCAGCUGCGCGACCAGAACGACCUGGCCCUGUUCGGCCGGUGGCAGACAGAGGAGUACCAGCCGCCUGUGGCUGUGGACGGCAAGGUUCCCCGGAACGAGUUUGGGAACGUGUACCUCUUCCUGCCCAGCAUGAUGCCCGUGGGCUGCGUCCAGCUACAUUUGCCCAACCUGCACCGCGUGGCCCGCAAGCUGGACAUCGACUGUGUCCCGGCAGUCACUGGCUUUGACUUCCACGGAGGCUACUCCCACCCCGUGACGGAGGGCUUCAUCGUGUGCGAGGAGUACAAGGAUGUGCUGCUGGCCGCCUGGGAGAACGAGCAGGCGCUGCUUGAGAAGAAGGAGCGGGAGAAACGAGAGAAGCGGGCCCUGGGGAACUGGAAGCUGCUGGUCCGGGGACUGCUCAUCCGGGAGCGGCUGCGGAGGCGCUACGGGGCCAAGAGCGAGCCCGUGGCUCCCCACGCAGAUGCCGGAGGGGGACUGUCGUCUGAUGAGGAGGAGGGCACCAGUGCCCAGGCCACGGCCAGGGUCCUAGCUGCCUCCUGGCCCCAGAACCGCAAGGCCGAAGAGGAGCAGAAGCCGGAGCAGCCCAAGAAAACCAAGAGGAGAAGGAAGGAGGAAGAGUCCCACCUCUUCCCUUUCGAGAAGCUGUGAUGGCAUGGCUGCCUCGGACCACACUGCCGUGGACACCGGGGUCUGAGAGUCUCUUCCAGGAGGCCACAGGGCUGGGGACAGCUCUGCUGGUGGCCCUGGGGGACACAGGCCGGUGUUGUGAGCCCGGAUCGUAUCUCCGGAACCUCAGGCCCCCGGGCCUUGUCCCUCCUGGCUUGGGGAACAGAAUCUGCUCUCAGGACAAGGUGCCUGCAGGGCCCCAGGCCCUCCCCUGUGGGUCCACUCAGGACUUGGCCGCAGGUUGGUCUCUCCUGCAGGCCCCACCCCUCUCUCUGCUGUCCCCAGAGCCCCACCCCCACACUCAGGGUCACUAGCGCUGCUCUGGAAUUGGGGGGAGCACUUGGGGGAGAAGGGCUUCCCUGGGUGGGCUUCAACAUCUCCAAGAACAAAGCUGAAAUCAGAAAAGGUGAGCCCGGGAAUGUCUCAUCGGUGAAGUGAGUCAGUGCUGACCAAAACGGGUUCACAGACAUGCCCCCAAAGCUCUCCGUGCUGCAGAUAUCCAAGAGAACUUUCUGUCAC